AUGGCGUCUGACAAUUCUGAAAGCCAUGGUGCAGCAUUGGCUAUGCGAAACGACUCCAGGCUCCUCCCUCACCAUACGGACAGGUCCUGCAAACUGUGGUGCCCUUUCUGGAUCGCCAUCCUCCUGGAGAACAUGGCCACCAUCUUGGUGAAUCUGAUCUACCCGGAUCUGGCUGUGGCAUCACUAAACAAUGGUGUGGAUGCCUGUGCCGGCAGCGGGGCGAACAGUCCGGCAUGUGAGAAGCUCAUCGCGCAGGCGUCGGAGAUUGGUGCCACGUUCGGCAUCGUCGGCGCCAUCAUGAGUCUCUUUGCGAUUCCCUUCGUCGGAAGCUGCGCGGACCAUUUCGGUCGGCGCCCGAUGCUGAUCCUAGCCUUCCUGACCUCGAAAGUGCCCCUGAUAGCUCUUCUUUGCGUCGCCUACGCCGGGGCGUCCAUCUACUAUUUCUAUGCGGGACUCCUGGUUCCCGUGCUGAUACCGGGCCCAAUGCUUUUCUGGUUUUGGAUCAACGACCAAACAGAGCCCAGUGAGCGAGGGCAGAUGUACGGUCGCUUGAAUGCCGCGACGAACAUCGAAGGCAUCAUCGUGCCUUUGGCUGCCAUGGUCGCACAUGAUCGAUCGGCAGUGUUAGUUCUUACUGUUAUCCGGGUGGCGGCGUUGCUGACUGUCGUCUGUUUCGUGACCGAAUCCCGACCGGCCAGCUUGAUAGGCGGGUCGGCCAGGAGCGCAGUGUCAGAUGGCAAGCACGCCUUCUUCGAGCGGUGGAAAAACGUGAGAAUACUGUUCACGGACAGAUCCCUUCGCAAGCUGAUUGCAGUUGGCCUCCUGGGCCUCCUCACGGGGACCGGCCUCGGAGGCGCUUCUUUCUUGUACUGCAAGGACAAGUUUGGUGCCAACAUGCAGAGCUUUGCGCCGCUUGUGACAGUCUCAACAGUCAGCAACGGCUUGGUUCAGCUGUUUUUGCUGAAGCCGCUGCAAGACAAGGUUGGUCUUCGAGGACUCUUCCUGAUUGCAGUUAUCUUUGGAGUUUGCCUGCCUGCCGCUGUUGGUGCGGCUCCCACAUUGAACUGGAUGAUUGCGAUCAACGUUUUCAGUGGCCUCGGCAAUGUGGGGCUGCCAGCCUUUCAGGCGCUGAUUUCGAACGUCUCCGAGACGAUUCCUGGGCUCUCACCUGGGGUGGCGCUUGGGGCACUGCAGGCCAUGACAUCAGUUGUUUCCCU